AUGAAUAAUUAUUAGAUUGAAAUACUCCAUUAUUUUGGAAAAGUCAAGGCAAUACCUAUCGAUUUCAUUAAAAAUUUGAAUAAAGAUGUUUCCAACUUAUAUGAACUGUUCUAGAUGUUUGCUGAAAUGUUUGAAGAACAUCCAGAGAGUCCAGAUCUUAUUACCCUAACCAUUUCAUUAUCUUAAGAUGUUCCUCCUUUUUACUGUGUGCAAUCAUUAAAUAAUUUAACAGUGUUGCUUUUCUAAUCUCAUAUGAUUGACUUAGCUAAAAAAGUAGCAAAAUUUAACUUGAAAUACUUUGAAUAAGACAUCCCAUAACUACAUAUCAUCUCACAUUUGAACCUAGCCAGGAUAUAUUAUUUCUUGUAAAAUUUCAAAAAAUGCCUCUCAGUUACAGAAAAGGCCUUAAUUCAUUAUGAACCUUAUGUAAGGCUUUACAUUUUAAUUAGAUCAGAUUUUCAAAGAAAUAAAAAAUUCUUGCAAACCUAAAGAUAUUGUUCUUCUGCUUAAUGGUUAUAUUUUCUAUGCAAAAACAGUGCAAAAUUUAUAGGUUCUUGGAUUUUGUUAAGAUUUAGAUUUUUAAUAAUUUUUUAUAAAUGGAGCCAAACUUGGUCGAAAGUAUUUGGGACCAUAACAUCAUAUUACAAAGCUAUUUUUAUUUAGCGAAAGAGGAUCGAAUAUGAAAAAAAGCAUUAAUAAUUUUAUUCCUAUGGUAUCAAAUAAAAUCAAUAAAUUUAGAAAAAGACAAUAGGCAAAAUAUUGAAUACCUAAAAAAUUUGUAUCUAGGUACAUUAGCUACUUAAGUCAUUGAAAAAUGGAAAAGCUCCUCUUUUUAAAAAUCCAAGACAUAUUGAAAGAUCUAUUAGUGAAGCCUAAGGAUUUAAAACUUUUAAACGUCCUGAUUCAGUCAAGCCCUAGUCAUAAAGACAUGAGCCAAUUUAACUGUAAAAAAUAUAAUAAACUAACAUACAAAAAGGAAGUUUUCGAAUCCAAUCUCCGAAGGUAUAAGUUUAUUGAAUUUAUUAGUUAAUUUAAAGUCAAUAAGUAUAACCUUAGAAUGAUCUUGAAUCAAUAAUAUAAAGGAAAAUAGAUACUUUUAUGAAAUCUUAAGGCUAAAAGAAAUAAGAACCCAAAAUUGUGGAGUUAGAAAAAAAAAUUGAUGAAUUAACAAAAGAAAAUAAAAGAGUUUAAAAUUAAAGAAAGGAAAGAGAGGUUGAAAUUGAAGAAUUAAAAGAUAAAAUAACUUAGUUAAGUGCAGAGGCUUCAAAAAUAAAAUUUAGACUUUAAGAACAAGAGACAGCUCAAGAAAAGUUGAAAUAGUUAUAAUAACAAUAAUAACAACAAUAAUAAUAAUAAUAACAAUAACAAUAACAAUAACAACAAUAGUAAUAACAAUAGCAAUAAUAAUAAUAAUAGCAAUAAUAAUAAUAAUAGCAAUAAUAAUAUUCUUAAAUUUCAACCUAACAAUAAUAAAGUUCAGAUUCCUAAGCUGCUAUAAUGUAAGAAAGAAUGAGCUUUGGUGUUGCUUCAAAUCAAUCGUAAAAAAUUUAGAAUUUGUAAAUAAAAAAAUAAGAAAGAUAAAGUACCAUUGAUAUUCAUAAUCUAAUUAAUGGAUUAGUAGAUCCAGAUGAACCUAAAAUUAAUAGCAUAUCUAUGAUAAAUGAUACAGAUUUCACAUUAGAUUUGAAUUUAACAAUAUUAGAUUGUAAUAAAUUUUUAAAUUAAUUUAGAGAUGGAUCAAUCUAAAUAAUAUAGCAUUAAUUUAACAACAGAUCAAACAAUUGUAAAAAAGUCUUUAAUUGAUAAUGUCUUAUAUGAAAUAUCUUGCGGUGUUGUGUAGAAAAACAAAGAGUUAUCUAUUAAGAUUUCUUUAAAUACCAAAUAAGAGCAUUCAACUGCAAAAGUAGAAUAUGUUGAGUUAUCAAUAAUAAAGGAUUUAAUAUAAUUCAUUGAUUAUAAGAAUGUCUUGCCCUAUACUUAGCAAUUGAAAUGCAUUACAACCUUUAAGUAAUUUAUUUAAUAUUUGAUAAUCCCAUUCAUUUCAAUAAAAGAUGAUGAAGGAGAAUAAAAAAUAUCAAUUUAUGCAUAGCCAUAAAGCCUAUUAAAUGAUUGCGAAAAGAUUUAAUUGUGUGAUGAAUAAUGCAUUCCAUUGUUGUACCCUUUAGAGGAUGGAAUAUUUCGAUUAAUAUUAAAUACAGUUGCUCUUGAUUUAUAAUUCGAUCAAAGCUCUUUAGAUUAAUUAUUUGAUAUAUAUGGUUAAGAUGAUUAUGAAAGAGAGGAAGUUUAGGAAAUGAUAAGGAUAUAAGAUAAUUUAGAAAAAUCGAAUGAUACUGUGAAGCCUAAACAUAAGGUUUACAAUAUUCGAAGUUAUAUAGUUAAAAAUUAAUAAAAAUUGACUUCGUUCUUAUAAAAAUUGGUAAAUGAUUUAGAAGAAUUAUUAUAUAGAAUUUUUAAUGUUUAAAAAUUUUCAUAAAUUAACAAAAUAUUGAGUGGAACAUAAAUAACUAUGCCAAAUAAAAGCUAAGCCAAAGUUUAGAUGUGUUUAUUAAAAAUAUGGGAUAAAAAUACUUUUUAAAGAAUUAUAUUUAUAGCUGAUAAUUCAAGAGAGUAAUGUUUUGAGUUGUUUUUAAGUAACACAUUCGAGACAUAUGGUAAGAAUAGAAUUAAUAGUAGGUCCAAGACAAUCAAAAGUGAAAGCAAUGGGGCAUACAUAAAUUUAAUAUGAUAAUGUAUGUUAGAAAUUGGGAUUAAAUGUUAGUAGUCUAGAUCAGGUAGAUUAUCCUUUGAUAUGCAAUAUUUUGUGCAAUUUCUACACAGUGCUAACAUUUACAAAGGAGUUGGAUGCAGAUGAUUAAGAAAGAUUUAAAGAGAAUGCUAUCAUGCCAGUUGAUUUGUCCUGUGAAUGCAAUUGCAGAAUGUUCUUAAGUAAUUUUAAUAAUGAAGUUAGCCAAUCAAAACAGUUUGUAUAAAAUACCACUCACAAUGUCUUAUUUGGGAAUCCAAGAUAAGCCAAUAGGAGUAAGAGUAUAGAUUUACGAUGCACAUACGAAUACUGAACAAGGAAUGUUUCUAUCGAUUUCAAAAGAAACAUGGGACAAACUAGAAAUAUAAGUUAAGGGCAAACACUCAAGGAAAUAUGCACUAUAAAACAAAAUGAGUAGUGAAUAUCAUUUACCAUAAAUCUUACAAAAUGGAGGAUUUCAAGUUAUAAAAGAGAAACUUACAGUAGAAGAUAGCAAGACAUACAGAAUAAUACACGGAAAGCAUAUUUCUUUUGUAGAUAGAUUGGAAAAUGUCCUAAAUUCUUAUUCACUAUUAGAAUAUCUCAAUAAAAAGCUAUAAUCAUGA